AUGGACAAUCGACUGACCCUAUUCCCUGGCGGGCACGAUGGGUCAACUGAACCUAGUAUUCGUGUACCGCUGAAGAGAAAAAACGAAGAGCAUGAGAGUAAACAGCCGCAUCCAGCGUUACGGAGCCCAAACCACCUUCCAGUUACGCUAAAGAGAGGUGUGCCGUGGGGCAAGUAUCAACGCUUUGUCGAAGAAGAUCAGGCCGGGCGUGCUAUCGCAGCCAGGGAUAAAGAUACAAUUGUGGCCGUGAAGGAGCAUAAGGUAACAGAUAAAGACAGUCUAAAGGCUCUGAAACCUACGAAACAUAUCCAGUUGGUUAACCUUCUGGACGUAUAUAUGGAUCAUGACAUCGUAUUCCUAAUCUAUGAGGACAUGGAUGCCAGUCAUGUAUCACUUGGAGACAUCGAAGGUGGUAUGUCAGGUUCGUUGAAGGAGAAUGAAAUUGCAGCCAUUGCUGAGCAGGUUGUCCGUGGCUUAGAAUAUAUUCAUGAAACCCUUCAAAUUUCACAUGGAAACAUUGACCAUGAGAACUUAUUGGUUUCUGGUACUGGGCAUGUCAAAAUAGCAAACAUUGCGAACGGCAUGUUCCAGUCGGACUCUGGGCGCCAACAGCAAGAUUUGAGAUCAUUUGGGCUUGUUUUGCGUGAACUGAUGGAAUUGGGUUCAGGGUGGACAGAAGAUACUAGAAACUUUCAAGAUGGGCUAGAUCACCUUAGGGCUACGUCCCUUGUGACCCAUGACUUUAUCCGAAAAUCAACCGGCCCAGCGUCUCUCAUUCCUCAUGUCAGGAUCACGGUGAAAACUAAAUUCAAAACUUUGCGGGUCCUCAUGUAG